AGUAGCAGCCAUGGGGGACCCUGGCCUCUCCAAGCUGCAGUUUGCCCCCUUCAGUAGUGCCUUGGAUGUUGGCUUCUGGCAUGAGCUGACCCAGAGGAAGCUGAAUGAGUAUCGGCUGGACGAAGCUCCCAGGGACAUUAAGGGUUAUUACUACAAUGGGGAUUCUGCUGGGCUGCCAGCUCGCUUAACGUUGGAGUUCAGUGCUUUUGACAUGAGUUCCCCCACGCCUGCACGCUGCUGUCCAGCUGCUGGAACACUGUAUAACACCAACACAUUAGAGGCUUUCAAGACUGCAGAUAAGAAGCUCCUUCUGGAACAAGUAGCGAAUGAGGUGAGCUGGUUAGAUCUGAGAACUGGGUAUGUAAUUUAUUCUGGAGAAUAACUUCAUCUUCUCUGUUUGCAGAUCCAAGCCCUGGAGCUUGCAUAUGAUGAUCUCUGUCAGACAGAAGGAGUCACGGCCCUGCCUUACUUCUUAAUCAAGUAUGAUGGCAACCUGGUGCUGGUGUCUUUGCUUAAACACUACAGUGAUUUCUUCCAAGGUCAAAGGACAAAGAUAACAGUUGGUGUGUACGACCCCUGUAACUUAGCCCAGUACCCUGGAUGGCCUUUGAGGAAUUUCUUGGUCCUAGCAGCCCACAGAUGGAGUGGCAGUUUCCAGUCUGUUGAAGUCCUUUGCUUCCGUGACCGUACCCUGCAGGGAGCCAGAGACAUUGCCCACAGCAUCAUCUUCGAAGUGAGACUUCCAGAAAUGGCAUUUAGCCCAGAUUGUCCCAAAGCGGUUGGCUGGGAAAAGAACCAGAAAGGAGGCAUGGGCCCGAGGAUGGUGAACCUCAGCGAGUGCAUGGACCCCAAGAGGUUGGCUGAGUCAUCAGUGGAUUUAAAUCUCAAAUUGAUGUGUUGGAGAUUGGUCCCUACCUUAGACUUAGACAAGGUUGUGUCUGUCAAAUGUCUGCUGCUGGGAGCCGGUACCUUGGGUUGUAAUGUGGCCAGGACACUGAUGGGUUGGGGUGUCAGACAUGUCACCUUUGUGGACAACGCCAAGAUCUCCUACUCUAAUCCCGUGAGACAGCCUCUCUAUGAAUUUGAAGACUGCCUAGGGGGUGGUAAGCCCAAGGCCCUGGCUGCAGCAGACCGGCUCCAGAAAAUAUUCCCCGGAGUGAAUGCCAGAGGGUUCAGCAUGAGCAUCCCCAUGCCAGGACAUCCUGUGAACUUCUCCAGUGUUACCCUGGAGCAAGCCCGCAGGGAUGUGGAGCAGCUGGAGCAACUCAUCCAGAGCCACGACGUCAUCUUCUUGUUGAUGGACACAAGGGAGAGCCGGUGGCUUCCUACCGUCAUUGCCGCGAGCAAGAGGAAGCUGGUCAUCAAUGCUGCCUUGGGCUUUGACACAUUUGUUGUCAUGAGACAUGGCCUGAAGAAACCAAAGCAGCAGGGAGCCGGGGACUUGUACCCAGGACACCCUGGGGCAUCUGCUGACCUCCUUGGAUCCUCACUUUUUGCCAACAUCCCUGGUUACAAACUCGGCUGCUAUUUCUGCAAUGAUGUGGUGGCUCCGGGAGAUUCAACCAGAGACCGGACCUUGGACCAGCAGUGCACUGUGAGUCGUCCAGGCCUGGCCACGAUUGCAGGAGCACUGGCAGUGGAGCUGAUGGUUUCUGUCCUGCAGCAUCCAGAAGGGGGCUACGCCAUCGCCAGCAGCAGUGAUGACCGCAUGAGUGAGCCCCCCACCUCUCUGGGACUCGUGCCUCACCAGAUCCGGGGGUUUCUGUCACGGUUUGAUAAUGUCCUUCCUGUCAGCCUGGCAUUUGACAAAUGUACUGCCUGUUCCUCCAAAGUCCUCGAUCAGUAUGAACGGGAAGGGUUUAACUUCCUAGCGAAGGUGUUCAAUUCUUCACAUUCCUUCUUAGAAGACUUGACCGGCCUCACACUGCUACAUCAGGAGACCCAGGCUGCUGAGAUCUGGGACAUGAGCGACGACGAGACCGUGUGAGCCAACCACCCCUCCGCAGGGUCCGCGCCACCCCGGCUGCCGGCUGUCGGAGCAGGCCUGUGCCC